AUGGAUCCUGGAUGCAGCAGCGGCCUCAGAGCCGGCCCAUUGCCCAACAAGUCCACCAUCUGCUCCUGGCUCUUGGGGCUUCUGGGCUUACCUGCCUUUAAAGCCGGUAUCAGGGACAAACCCAAGGACUUUCUGGGGCCCUCCUCUGACCAGCAGGACCAGCAGGCAUGGAGUGCUUGGAGCAAAAGUCCCCAAAAGAGAUACAGCGUCUACUUGGAAGUUAGACCCAAAUUCAAACUGUCAGCUCCAAAGCAAGGCAUCUUUGAAGAAAUGUCCACCCGUAUCAUCCUGAUAGAAAGAUUCCUGUAGGAUGGUCUGUGGUACUAAGGUAAGGACACCCAGUGCUGCUGGGAGUGUCAGUGUGAGUGCCUAGAGAGCUGCGUGGCACAGGCAGCUAUCAUACCUAGGGAGACACCAACACAGUAGCAGUGGCAGGGAAAUGGGUUUGAGGAAGACUUGAGUGUUAACCCUGAUUUCUCAAUUCAACCAAUGACUCCAGAAAGACACAACAUGCAUGUGUGGAGAACAGACAGAAAGAUGGAGAAGCCAGACUCAAACUUGAAUACUAAACAGAAAACCUGCACAAAAGAGAAACCUUACAAAUGUCAGGAAUGUGGAAAAGCCUUUAGUCACAGCUCAGCACUUGUUGAACACCACCGAACACACACAGGAGAGAGACCUUAUGAAUGUCAUGAAUGUGGAAAAGGCUUCCGAAACAGCUCAGCACUUACCAAACACCAGAGAAUCCAUACUGGGGAGAAACCCUACAAAUGCACUCAGUGUGGAAGAACCUUUAACCAGAUUGCCCCACUGAUCCAGCAUCAGAGAACUCACACGGGCGAGAAGCCGUAUGAGUGCAGUGAAUGUGGAAAAUCUUUCAGUUUUAGAUCCUCCUUCAGCCAACACGAGCGGACUCACACAGGUGAGAAGCCCUAUGAGUGCAGCGAAUGUGGAAAAGCCUUCCGUCAAAGUAUCCACCUCACCCAACACCUGCGAAUCCACACUGGGGAGAAACCCUAUCAGUGUGGAGAGUGUGGCAAGGCCUUCAGCCACAGUUCAUCCUUGACCAAACACCAGCGAAUUCAUAGUGGGGAGAAGCCCUAUGAGUGCCAUGAGUGUGGAAAAGCAUUCACCCAGAUCACACCACUGAUUCAGCAUCAGAGGACCCACACGGGGGAGAAACCCUAUGAGUGCAGUGAGUGUGGGAAGGCAUUCAGCCAGAGCACACUUCUGACUGAGCACCAGAGGAUUCACACAGGUGAGAAGCCCUAUGGAUGCAACGAAUGUGGGAAAACCUUCAGCCAUAGCUCCUCACUCAGCCAGCAUGAACGGACCCACACAGGCGAGAAGCCUUAUGAGUGCCAUCAGUGUGGGAAGGCAUUCCGGCAAAGCACACACCUCACUCAGCAUCAAAGGAUCCACACAGGGGAGAAACCCUAUGAGUGCAGUGACUGUGGCAAGGCCUUCAGCCAUAGCUCAUCCCUAACCAAACAUCAGCGGAUCCACACGGGGGAAAAGCCCUAUGAAUGUAAUGAGUGUGGUAGAGCCUUCAGCCAACUCGCUCCCCUCAUUCAGCACCAGAGGAUCCACACGGGGGAGAAGCCCUAUGAAUGUAAUGAGUGCGGCAGAGCCUUCAGUCAGAGCUCCCUUCUCAUUGAACAUCAGAGGAUUCACACCAAGGAAAAGCCCUAUGGGUGCAAAGAGUGCGGGAAAUCCUUUAGUCACAGCUCCUCACUCAGCCAGCAUGAAAGGACACAUACUGGGGAGAAGCCCUAUGAAUGCCAGGAUUGCGGUAAGUCCUUCAGGCAGAGCACCCACCUCACUCAGCACCGGAGGAUCCACACAGGAGAGAAGCCAUAUGCAUGCAGGAACUGUGGGAAGGCCUUUACACACAGCUCCUCUCUUACUAAGCACCAGAGAACUCACACUGGGUAGACUCCACUCCACCUGUGCUGGGGAUGUAGGGAAACCUUAAGCCAUAGCUCAUCCUUUUCUAGACUUGACCCAUUCAUGCUCACAAGAAACAAUAUGU